AUGCGGCUGAUUUUGCUCGCCUUCUUGCCAGUGUUGUCAGCGUUGUCGCCGCGAGGUCCUCCUCCAGAUGCAGCAGAACCUUAUUAUAAGUUUAAAAACCUGUUCGAGAAGUGUGCUGAGUUGAAGAAGUUCUUUCCCGUGAGCGCUGCGUCGGCUCAAAUGUGGUCGUUGAACAUGAAGGAUGAAAAAAUUGUCAUUCACAAACUCGUUUUUAACUUGGUCGACAUGCAAAUUGACACCAAGAGGUGAGUGGUGAACGGACCUUCUAGAGAGCAAAUUUUUGAAACGCUGAUACGUUAGCUUGGUGUACAGCCUACCUUAUUGCUUGCAUAUUUUCAGCGUCGACGUUACUUCAGCAACCAGCGAUUCUGCAAUUUGGAAUCAUAAUAUGAAAGGGUUAGGUUACUUCUUGGAUUCUGAAUGGUAAGUUGACAGUUGACAUGACUCCCGUUUGUCAGGCCAACCUUCCAGUGGGAAAGCGAUGAACCUGGUCCGUCAAACCAGCUAGAUUUGGGAAACACGAAUGGUACCUGCUAUGGAUUUGCGACCGAAGAUUACGUCUACACACAGGUUUUCCAGGAGGAUGGAGCCAAAAAAUUUGCUCGUUGGAGAGUCGAUUUGAGCGGAGAAGUUGAAAUUCUCGGCGAUGCCAGCCCUGACGAAAAUGUGCUCCUUUUCCAGUACAAGUUUGGGCCCGCGUACUAUUUGACGGACCAGAAUUGUCUUCAAAUCAAUGAUCUCAGGCAGUUGGUAAGUCGCAGACACAGCUUGGGUUUUGAGCGAAACACUUGACUCAUUUACCAAAGCGCUUUGCCUUUCAGUCUGAUGGUUACAAAAGCUUCCGCAAAUGCAACACCUCCCAAGGAAUGUUCGCUUUCUCCGAUCUGUACGAAUGGUACAGCCUGGUAGGCCUGGUAGAAGCUUUAAUUUGCUGAUUCAUCAAUUAAGUUCAACAAUUUCCUCUCGUUUUCAGAGUGCAUUCGCAUGGCUGACAAGAGAGUGCGAUGGCGAGAUUUGGAGCAACUAUUGGGCCCACGUUUUCGUCAAGAUUCGAUUCCUCCCGGGAUAUCCGCCGGUAAGAAAAGGGAGGCGAUUUGAAAGGGAAGGGCCGCACUGCUGAUAAAAUGGGCCGGUGCAGACUGGGAUUGCUGCACAGUGAAUUUCAAAGGCAACGGGAGGACUGCACAAUGCAGGAAAUUUGGAAUUUUGUUCCGAAUUCUGCGAUGCAUCUGUGCAGAACAGAGUAGUCACUUAUCUUUUUUUCAGGCGAUUCGAAGAACAACAACUCUAACUCCAUUUGCAACGACCCCCAGGUGAGACGAAAAAGCUUGACAUGUGUUUGCACGGUGCGGUCGCGGUUUUUCGCGAUAAACGUUCGGCAUGAUGCGAAGAAGGAGCGCGAGUUAGACGCCCGCAACAUUGAGGCAACGCGAAAUUGAAAAAAAAAAAUACAAAAAUGUUUCCCGCCCAAUAUGGAGUUUCGGCCAAACGAAAUGUCACAAUUGAAAAAAGAAAUAAUUUCGAGAUUUUUUGGAAAACCCUUUUCUACAUUAUACAUUGUGCCUCGCCGCCGUUUGAAGAGAUGCGACGUGCACCGUGCACACAUGUCAAGGCUUUUUGGUCACUUUCUAGUAGCACAACAACGGAAGAAGAGAUAACGUAGUAAGUUGAGCGGCAAGUCGCCAUAAAAUUCGUCCUUAAGCCAUUCCCCAUGCCCCAACGUCACCAACAUCUAUCGGAUUGUGUUGUUGACUCUAGCUAUAAUCCUUGUGUUGAUUGGUAUCAACAACGUUAUAUUUUGCGUCUACAUGCGGAGAAAAGUGAAGGUAAGUGCGACGUUUUUCUAGGAACACUUUAUUUCUUAAAAAAAUAAGGCUAAAAAAUUCGAAAAACAAUACUUUAAGGAAGCAAAAUUGCAAGCAGCGCGUUUUGAGUCUUCGCAAGACAGCAAGGGCAGCACUAGCACUGGGAAAGCAACGGCGACUUCCACAACCACUGCAACCACUGCGGCAGACUCCUCAACAACAAAAAUCUCACGGUUGGCAACGAUGUCGUCGCUCUCUUCUGAGGGAUUGCCCAAGGUAAGGAAUAUUAAGACGUUGUUUUAGUCUUACAGGACGCCGUGACAAAACUUUUGCUGAGCCCGGAAAUUGAGAAGAUCUUUGACCAGAAUGAAGUGGAAGGGAUCGAAGCAGAGCUCCCCUACACACCUCUGGAAAGACAGCCGGAACCUCCGGAGGGAUUCUUCUGUACCUUCGGAAAGAUUGGGGUCACCAUCCCGGCCAAGACAUUCUACAAAACGUUUGGGGAAUUCGAAAUGGAAAUGGGCGGAGAGUUGUGCACAGUGCAGUUUGAAGAUGUGAAAUCUGAAUUGAAUCGGAUUGAGGUAGGUGGGAAACAUAGAGAAAAUAACUUACUGGGACAUACUAAUAAUAUUCUAGGCGAUGGCAGCGGUAAUGAGACAAGCCCAAAAGAAGCAGAUAAAUGGGACCAUUCCCGAAUUCAUGGUCACGGCCCAAUUGGACGCCUUCAACUUCCGGUUGCUGGUGGCGAAAAAAGUAAGUUGAAGUCCUAAAUUUACGAUAAAAAUGGACCGCUUUCUGACCGUUGGGUGCGAAACGUUCCGCAAAAAAAAUAAUUCUCUAAGCUAGGGUAAUAAUUCUGAGUCUCGAAGCGAAAGUUAUGUUCGCCAAUAAAAAUAAAACGCAAUGCCAAGAAACGAUUGGUUUUUCGAGAAGUUUUCACUUUGGGAUACAGAACAGCAAUUCGAAGGCAAUAUUAGCUUUCAUAUCCUACGGAUACCUAAAAUAAUAUCGAAAAAUGUAAGGAAGAAGCACUAAGUUAUGCUAUGAUUACGUUCAAGUCCGUAUUGAAAAACGCCUGUAUUUUAGUGGCUGUUUUUUGAUGGUAGCCAAUGCGACGGAACAGUUUUUUUCGUUUCUGAUUUAAAAAAAAAAUUCAGCUUGGUCCAUCCAUCGAGAAACAAGUCCUCAGCGGUAACCUAAGCACUGAAGAGAGGUUGAAACUGGUCUCCCUGACCUUCAAUUGCAUGGAGGACCUUCUCUUUUCCAACAUUGUCCAUCGAGACAUCAAACCUUCAAGUUUUCACUAUGAUUUUGUCGGCUCAAAACUCCUCAUUUCCAACCUUGGACUAGCCAGAAUCACUCCAAAGUCCCCUCGUCUCAAGCUGCCAUUCUUUGGGAACCUCACUUUUUGCAGUCCAUCCACCCAUUUGAAGCUGGAGAGGACCCAUUUUGAUGACAUGGUCAGCUAUUUCUAUGUGGUUUUGUGGAUUUUCAAAAAGGAUUUGCUGAUUUGGAGUAGCGAGACUGAUGUAAGGAGCUAUUUCACUUGUUAUAGGCCUCAUUCUUUUAUUACAUUAGCUUUUUUUACCCCUAUUUUUCAGAAAACAGUGGUUUAUCAGCUAAAAUCUGACCUAAUGGAGGGAAAAUUGCUUGAAGAGCGGUUGAAAAAGUUCAUCAAGCACGAAAAGAUCAUAGAAUUCCUGAGCCAACUCUUCCGUCUGAUCCUCAUGUUACCCCCAAAACGACCAUCUUAUCGGAAAAUCAAGGAACUGAUUGGGAAGAACUAA